CCGCUGACGCUCUUCACUGAAGCUCCUCGGUUGUUUACAGUUUUGCCGUUUAGCUUCAGUUCAAAUUCUCUCGGUAAAACCGUUUGAAUCGCAUUUUCAGCAUGGGAUGCGACGGCGGGACCAUUCCCAAAAGACACGAACUGGUUAAAGGACCGAAAAAGGUUGAAAAGGUAGAUAAAAACGCAGAGCUUGCUGCCAAAUGGAAGUACUGUGCGUUGAGUCAGGAGAAGCUGAAGCGGCCCAUAGUCGCCUGUGAGCUGGGCAGACUGUAUAAUAAAGAUGCGAUCAUUGAGUAUUUGUUGGAUAAAUCAGCGGAGAGGCCAAACACUGAGGUUGUUGCACACAUCCGUAGCAUCAAGGACGUGAAGGAGCUGAAUCUGACAGAUAACCCGGCGUGGGAGGGUGAGAGGCACAACAUUAAAGGGGACUGUUAUGAAGACAUGCAUUGUGCCAUGUUUAUCUGUCCUGUGGUUGGUCUGGAGAUGAACGGAAAACACAAGUUUUUAUACCUGCAGACCUGUGGGUGUGUUUUCUCCGAACGAGCGCUCAAAGAGGUGAAGACUGAAAUCUGCCACAAGUGUGGAGAUCCUUUUCAUGAAGACGACCUUGUGAUGCUGAAUGGGUCUAAAGAGGAGGUGGAGAAGCUACAGAAGGCUAUGGAGGAGCGCCGAUUAAAGGCUAAAACUGCAAAAAAAUCAAAGAAGAGCAAAGAUACUAAAGUCUCCAAGUCGCUGGAUUCAACAGGAAGCUGUGACACCUCAGAGACUAAAUCUUUACCACUGAAUGGAGAAGGCAGCAGUGGAAGCUGCAGUGAUUCAGCUCCGGGACCAUCCACAUCCGGCGAGUGCUCUAAGACGUUAAAGGCCCCCGCGGGACCCAUCGCUGGCAGUAAGAGAUCGAUCCAGGAGAUGAAGGACAAAUCUGAGACCUACAAGUCGAUCUUCACUUCCCACAGCUCUGCCAAACGUACCAAAGACCAGAUGUCCAACUGGGUCACACACACGCCUUACCACUUUUGAAUGUGUUCUUCUUAGUGAAGCUCGCUCUCUAGUGGUCAGGCUUUGUAGGAGCAACAUUCUGGCUGGUGGAUUGAUGUAUUGUUUUUAGCCAAUUUAUUUUUUCACCAUUGCAUUUUAUUUACCUUUAUAAGAUUAUCUUAAUUUAGUUGCAUGCUUAAGUGUUAAUUUUCAGUAAACCCAUGUUGGCUUGAGUGUUAAAUGUCUUAUCCAUUAUCAUUUUUUGACUGGAUUGUGCUUUGCAGCAGCAUCUUGUUUUUAACCACUUUAUUCAGGUUUAAACACGAACUGUAUUGCAGUAAAAAACAAACUUAAAGGCAGAUAACUUUGUUUUCCUCCUCAGGAGCAUAAAUGCAUGUUCCUAAAACGCUUGAUCGUUUCUUGUUACAGUAUCACAGAAAUAACCUACUAGUUGCAGUUGUUAUGUAUUGUACUUUUAAACAUGCAUUAUUUGUGAACACAAUAAAGGUCUGAUCAGGGGC